AUUUAGAACAACAUAGACAUAAGCGAACAAUAUUGUUUUCGAUUAGAUCCUUAUCAGGCUUUACUCUAAUAUACAGUAAUAUUUAUAUGCAUAUAUGAAAUUAUUAAACCAAUCAAGGUAGUUUAUAAGUCAACGAUAACAAUGAAAACGAUUACAUAAUAAGUGAAACGUGAAAAGUACAAAUUGAUGGUGUGACAACAGGUGCAUUAGUUUUGAUAAGAAUAAUAAAGGUUCAAUUUAAAUGGUAAACGAAUGAUAUCUUUAGAUGUUGCUUCCCUGUUCACCAAUGUACCGUUAACAGAGACUAUCGGUUUUUGUGUGCCAACAACUGCAGGAAAAACAAAUCAAUAUUGGAAUUCCUGAGGUUAGUUUUAAAGAAUUACUUCUAAAAUGCACAAUGAAUGUCCAUUUUGUCUUUAAUAACACAUAUUAUAGACAAAUUUAUGGUAUAGCGAUGGGUUCACCACUAGGUCCCAUCCUUGCGGAUUUUUUUCUGGCGAAACUAGAAAACGGACCUCUCAAAGAGGUUAUCAAUAAACUGGACUUCUACUGUCGUUACGUUGAUGACACCAUCAUUGCCGAUCAGAACAUUAGAAAAGAACAACUACUGGAACUAUUUAAUAACAAACAUCCUGCUAUUAAAUUUACAUGUGAAGAGGAAAUAGAUAACAAACUAAAUUUCCUGGACGUUUUCUUAAGUAGAAAAGAAAAUGGUUCUAUCAGCAGAGGUGUGUAUAGAAAAGGUUCUUCUCCAAGCCAAUACACACAUUUUUUAAGCUUUGUGCCUCUUCAUUUUAAGAGAAACUUAGUCAAAUGUCUUGCAAUUAGAGCUCUUAAGAUAUGCUCAGUCGACACAAUUGAUAGGGAAUUACAACACAUUCAUAAUAUUUUGAUUGAAUUGGGAUAUCCACUGGGUUUCCUGAAGAAACACUUGCGGGUACAAAACAAGAAAAUUGUGACUCUGACGGCUAAUAAGAAACCGCUUUUCUUAAAGCUGCAAUUCAAUUGUGAUUUAGCUAGCGAUGUAUUACGGGAUAGCUUGACUGGAGUAGUAAAGAGAACAUUUAAUGCUGCCAACCUCUGCCUAUCGUAUUCAACCCGGUCGAUGGUGAUUCCACAAUUGAAGGAUAAGUUACCUGGUUAUGCCACUUCUAUGUGUAUCUACAAAUUCAGCUCCUCCUGUGGAGAAAGCUAUAUUGGGCGCACUACCAGGCAACCGAACCAACGAGUUAGUGAACACCUCCCUUCGUGGUUAGGAAAAGGUUACGUCAAAACAAUACGCAGCUCGGUCCUAUCACACUUGAUCAAUAGCGGUCAUGUAGUGGACAGAAACAAGUCGUUCAAAGUUAUUUACCGGAUUCCCACUAGUUUUCCUUAUGGUGUUCGAUCUCGUCUCUUACACAUAGCAGAAGCUAUAGGAAUCCGAGCCAACAAGCCAAGUCUUUGUGUUCAGAAGAAAUUUGUAACUCCCUUAUCUCUCUCUUGGCCUUAAGUAAUAAAUGAAUUUAUUUAUUUAUUUAUUCCUUUUCUAACUUUCUCUUCACACCCUCCUACCACUUUAUUUUAUCUCAACUAUACGUUUCGUGGUCCAAUUAUCUGAACAUUUCUUAUUACGUCAUCUUAUAAUUGUAUAAUUGUUAUCUCACUGUCUAUAUUUUCCUAAUCAUUGACCUAUUUCCGAUUAUGUAACAUUGGUUUGAACCUUUAUUAUUCUUAUCAAAACUAAUGCACCUGUUGUCACACCAUCAAUUUGUACUUUUCACGUUUCACUUAUUAUGUAAUCGUUUUCAUUGUUAUCGUUGACUUAUAAACUACCUCGCAUGUAAAUAUUACUGUAUAUUAGAGUAAAGCCUGAUGAGGAUCUAAUCGAAAACAAUAUUGUUCGCUUAUGUCUAUGUUGUUCUAAAUUUACAAUAUGGGAAUAUUUCAAACUAUAAUUUAUUAUUGUACGAUUU